AUGAAGUCCGUCAUUGCUCUCGCCUUUGCCGCCGGCGCUCUUGCCGUGCCCGCUUGGAGCGACGCCCCAGUCGAUGGUGCUACCACCACGACCACGACCACCUCUGCUUCAACUACCUGGGCCGACUACCCAGUGAAGCCAACCACCACCUCCACCACCACCAGCUACGACCCGUGGAAGGAUGACCCGCUCAAGGGUAAGACCACCACCACCACUACCACCACGGGCUACACCUGGGCCGACUACACCAGCUCAACCACCAAGCCAGUGAAGGACACCAGCUCCACCACUACCACCUCGCUACGUGGGCUGACUACACCCCAACCCUGCACUGCUGGCGAGUCCAAGACCCUGACCAAGGGCCCCUACACCAUCACCAUUGAAGUCUCGUACGAGACAUCAACUGUCUGCACUGCCAAGCCAACCUCCUCUACCCCUGCUGCCGCUUCUUCCACUGGCAGCUGGGCCGAUGUCCCAGUUGAUGCUACUGCUGCUUCAAGCAGCUGGGCUGAUGUCCCUGUUGCCCCUACCGGUACUGCCAAGCCCCCUGUCGCCGCCUACACUGGCUCUGCCUCCAAGAUGGCUGGCGGUGCUCUUGCCGGUGUUGCCGCCAUUGCUGCUCUUCUCCUGUAA